CAGCGUGAGAUGGUCAGGCCCAAGAGUACAAUUUAUCGACGGUCUCAGUUCGAAAUUCGAAGCCGAAGCUUCUCUUUCAUCUUCCUUGUUCGCCGUCGAAUUCGCAGGCCGCUGUCGGUGCCACUCGGUCGAAUUCUCCGGCCGCCGGAGUCGUCACCAUGGAGCCAAAUUCGAUGCACGUUGAUCAGCCGGUUGAAGAAGAAGAAGAAGGACAAGAAGAAUAUGUGUUGCUCGACUUAGGAUCCGUCUCUGAUAUCCCACCGAAUGCACCUUAUGUACUGUCUGGUCUGGACACUUUGAGUCCAGUAUUGAUGAUAGGUGACAGACUCAAGCUGGUUAGUCUUGCACUAAAGAUUGGGCAUUACGAGGAAACCAUUGGAACAUGCAUCAUCUUCAGUGAAAAUGAUGUUUCCCCUGAAGGUCACAUGGAGAUGGGGCCAUCAAAACCGAAUAAGGUUCAUCGGAAGGAAGUUACACCAGUGGCCUCCCUUACUAAAACACUUAAGUUUAGAUUGUCUCCUGAUAUCAACAUUCAAGAUGAAACUAUGACACUGUAAUUCCGGAUCUUAGAGAGGCAAGAGUAACCAGUUUCGUUGGGUGACAACAUUCUCGCUCUGAACUAUAUCAUUUCUAGCUUUAGGAAAGCAAAAAUCAUAUGUGAACAGCUCAUGAAUUUGAUUGACUAACAAUGUUGGACGGGAUAUAUAGUUCCCUUAGACGAUGCCUUGUGGCUCCAUAUAUAAUAGAGGGGUGAUGAGAUAUUAAGCA